AUGAAUCCACAAGAUGAUAAUAGAAUAACGAAUGAUUUAAGUAAAGUGAAUUUAGAUGAUGAAAGAACAAUGGAUGAUUGUGAAAGUACAAAGGAAUUAACCAGUCGCGGUUCUAACGUUUGUACUAUAAUAAAAGGAGUACAUUGUAUAGUUAAAAGUUUUGAAGAAUUUAAUCCAGACUUUACUGAUUGUAUAAGAGAAAUCAAAAACUUUAUAGAAGAUAUUAGUCACUUAAACAAACUUCAAAGAUUUUUUUAUACCGGUGGGAUCAACGAUACUUUUCAAAGACUUACAAAGGAAUUUGACGCAUAUAUGAAUAGUUUGAAUUUUUCUUUUAUGGUAGAAUCUAGAGAUGAGUUUGCAACAAUGAAGGAUGAUGUAAGCCAAAUCAAAGAUAUAUUAACCGUCGUUCAUGGCGUUUCUGACGAUAAACAAUCUCAACAGAAAUUCCUUACUGGAAUGGAUCGAGUGGCCGGAAGAAACAAAGAAUUCAAAAAACAAAACAAAACUACCCCAAAUACGAAUUCAUCUGAACAAAUUAAAACAACUGUAGAAGCAAACGAACCAUUACUUGAAGGCAAUUCUUAUAUUAGAACAAAUAUUUGUCCUUCAAGAAGGAUUGAAAAACGCACUACAGUCAAAGAUUGUAUUGACGUUUCAUUUAAAGAAUUUUCAAAUAAUACAUCUUCGGAUGAGGUGCAAACUCACGUUGGAGCGUUAUUGUGGGAAAUUGCAGAAUUAAAAACACCUCAUUCUGAUCUUGACAAAUCAGAAAUACUUAAUAGCGUUAGAAAACGUAUGCGAGAAAGAUAUUAUGAACCCCUUUCAGAUGAUGUGCCCUUCGAAUGGAAGGAUAUGGUAUCUACUGCUAUGGAAUACGAACGUGAUUGGCGUUCUAAUAUUUCUAUUAUUUGUCGCAAACUUUAUAAAUUGAUGGAACAAUAUUCGGGUACAUCCCGUCCACACAGCGGUUCUAGUGUUUUGAAUAAUGAAAAUGAAGCCCCGACACCUUCUAAGGACUAUAAAGUAAAUUAUUCUGUAAAAAAUAAUCAAAAUGCGACUACCGUUUCAACAUCAAUAACUAUUCUCGCAACUGUGUACGACGCAAUUCGCGAACACAAAUCUAAACAUGGAAAGAAAUUGGUUGCAUGGGAUAGUUUCAAAUAUCACUCAGUAAUCGAUGUUGAAGCAAAAUAUUGGGUAGGAUAUUAUUAUUUUUACCAUGGUGAAGAUAUACCUGAAUUACAAUUAAUUAGUGAGGAAGAAAGGAUCAAAAUAGCCAUUAAUAUAUUUAAAGAAACUGCUGAUAAAGGGAAUUCUUCCGCUCAAUUAAGGUAUGGAAUGCAUUUAUGGCAAAAGGAAAAAAAUUAUGUUGAGGGUUUUAAAUAUUUAAAAAUGUCAGCUGAUUCAAAUGAUGCAACGGCCAUGUUUAUCGUUGGAAAAGCUUAUUGGAAUGGUAUCAAUGGAAUUGUUCAAGAUAAGGUACUAGGUGCCCAAUAUUUAAAAAGUGCUGCCGCGGAAGCUAAUUCUAAAGCUAAAGACUUAUGCAAUGAAUAUGGAAUUUCAUAA